GCGGCGUCUGCUCGCUCAACUAGUUCAGAUUUGCACCUCUCUUCUGCACGUAAGGCUCGGUGCGUGAAACAAGAGUUCGCAAAAUCGUCAUGGCAUUGUUUCCUCUGCUCGACCACGGUUCCCGGUGUCCCUCGGACAUGGCGAGGCGCUUCUUCGACGACGACUUCGGAGGUUCUCUCCUCGAUGGUGAGCUGUUUGACCCGUCGUUUUAUCACCGACGCCACUAUGCCCAUCCUCGUCACCACCGGCAGACGUCCGGUAGCGUCUGCCCCGCACUGCAGGGCACUUCUGUCGCUUGCACACCGGACAAGUUUGCCAUCCGCGUCGACACCAGGCACUUCGCUCCGGAAGAAAUCACUGUGAAGACUCAGGACAACAGCGUCGUCAUUCACGGCAAGCACGAGGAGAAGUCUGACGACCGCGGCUGCUACGUGAAGCGUGAGUUCACCCGACGCUACAUCCUGCCCGAGGACGUCGACCCCGAAACCGUGAAGUGUCAACUGCAGCCCAACGGACUGUUGGCACUCGAAGCUCCGCGUAAGAACGCCCCCAAAGAGCAGCCAAAGAGCAUCCCGAUUGAAAUUAAGCACGAAGGCGCUAGCGGCGACGCUGCGAAGAAAAAGUGAACGCUGCCGUUGUACCUGGGACUAUAGCCUCCAAGACCAGCAGCGCGAUCUCGGAGGCUACGCCUCAGACAUUCCAGCGUGUGUAGUUAUGUUUUUUUACUGUUUUUGGUGUGAGUGAAGGCCGGCCUUUUUUGUGUGCCUGUAUGCGUGCUUGUAUGACGGUUCGCGAGGUUAACUUAAGGCACUGUUUGUGUAGUGGGUGUGUCUGCAUACUCUUGCAACAUACGAAUGCUGCCGUAUAAAUAAAGGCACAAUGUUUCAUA